GGCCCGCAGGGAACUUUCUGGGUGCUUUCUGGGCUUGCACUUGCGAAGGGCAGGGGGCGGCAGAGGGACGACGGUCCAACCCGCGAGGGUGGCCCAGGACGGGCCCCGGGCGCCGAGGGCGGGGGCUUCGCAUCUGGCCGCUGGGCCCCGCGCACAGGCUGCUUUUGGACCGGGCGACCCGAAUCGCGGGACCCCCUCUUCCGAGGCCCACUCCCCUCACUGUGAAGUGGCCGCAGAGGGUUCAAAAAGAGACCUCGACGGGGCCCACCCCUGCCCGCCCGGACUCAGACGCUCCCGAGUCGGAUGUUCGAGGUUCGAGGAGCCGAAGGUCGCGGGCCCCACGGGGCCGGGACGAAAGCGAGCACCUGGCAGGGAGCCGCCAUCACCGCCUCGGCGGCCCUGAGCUCGCGCGAGAAGCCGCGUGCCCAUUGGCCAAGAGCGCGGCUGCGCGGGCCAAUCAUGAGCGGCGGCGGCCGAGCGGCCCAAUGGGAGCGCGGCGGGCGGUGGCGGCUGGUGUACGCGUGCGCGUCAGGCCCGAGCGCGCCCCCGCUGGCCCGCGCCCCCAUUGCGCUCCCCGCGGCUCCGGGGCUUGUCCGCGUCACGUUGGUCCCUGGCCGUCCGGCCUCUGCGGUCCGUGCGUGCGGCCCCGGUGCCGGUUCACGUGCAGGACCCGUGGGGCGGGGUCCGGCCGGCCCGCCGUGUGCCCCCCGACCUUGCCGGGACCCCGGCCCUCCGCGUCAGGCCCCGGCGGCACCGCGGGCUCGCCACACCCGCUCGCCGGCCCCGGAGGUCGCAGCGCUCGGCUUGGCGGCGGAACCGCCCUUGCUGAGGGGGAACGACGCGUUACUACCGAGGGGGGGCGGGAUUGAUGAGCCCGGCCCUCGGGCCCGGCGGGCGGCAUCUGGCUGCGGCGCUCUGGAGGGGCGUCCCUUUAUCCAAGACAAAGGAGCCCCGGCAGCCCCCCGAGGCGGGCGCGUUGUGGGGGGCUCCCCGCCGCUCUGACCGCGUCGCCCGCGGCCCCCGCCCCCGAGUCAGGCGAGUCUGCGCCCCCGCACCCGCACCCCUCCCCCCAGCCCGCCGCUGCUGACGAGCGGAGCUUCGGGAGGCUUUUCGUUAAGUCAGCCCUGCUGGGGGAGCGGCUAAUGGAAUCCAGGGCGGCCGCGCCCCCAGCACCCCCGGGAGACCGCUUAGCCCGGGCUUUAAAGGGCCGCGGGGGUCGCCACGAGGGACGGCGACGGGCUGAGCGGAGCGACGGACGCUGGCGAGCAGGUGCCACCGCUCGCGCCCGUGCCCCGAGGGAGGAGAAGGCGGAGGCCCCGCGUCCCGGCCUCUGCCCGGGAGCCCAGCUUACUCGGCUCCCCGCGGGAGCGCUCCGGGGAGGGACAGAGAGGGCGGAACCCGCAGCGUCAUGGGGGGGCCGCCUUGGGAACACAGGUCCACACGCUGGGUCCUGCCCGGCUCCCGAGGGGCCCUGUUUCGCUAUUUGUUGAAAGUAGAACAGUGACUGUAAAUCCACUGUAAGAUUCGCCUUGAAUCCACAGGCCCCUUCCAGCCCCAGCCCAGAGCGGGCAGCAGGGGGGACAAAGGCCAAGUUCCCCAGCAAAAACCCAGAGCCCCUCAACAGAAAAAAGCAGGCAAGGUGGUGAACAGACAUUUCGUGGAUGUCCCCAAACAUAUGGAAGGAUGCCAAAGCCCCCCAAACCCAAAGAAAUGCAAACUGACCCCCGAGGUGGCGUUUCUCGUCUACCGAACACGGAUGGCAAUGGCUGGUGUUGGACGGGGUGUUGGGGAAAAGGCAGCUCGGUGCAGCCCCAGGGAGGAGGGCCGAGUGUCUUCCCCCCAGGGCCACCUAAAGCUUCAGGCCAAGGCACCUUCUCGGCUCUGCUGCUGAAACCUAGGUCCGGGCGGGGACAGGGACACAGCCGCACUCCCCCAGGGCCCCACGUGUGAAAUAUAGACGUGCCGGCGUCCCCCGUGGAGCCUGCCCUGUCCUGGACCGCCACCCCCUCUCCUUCCCUGUCACUCUCCCAGUGCUGUUGCAUCAAACCCUGAUGUCAUGAGACACCAGCUGGGGGAGUGACCUGGCCAGUGGGUGCCAGGUCGGGCUGGGCAGCCCCACUCAUGACCUCAGGGAGGGACCUGCUGUCGUAAGCCAGAGCCGCCCAGAAAUACUUCUUAAGGAGCUGAAGCCGGUAGGUCCCAUCCAUCGGCCUCCCUGGCCCCCGCCCCCUGAAUUGCUGCCUGACAACCUUCAAGUGGAUGCGUUUCUUUAAACACGGGCAGGACUGAUUUCCACAGGGGCCGCGGGGGCAGGGAGCUGACACCAUCCCCUGACCUUGGCAUGGCUGAUGUAAUGGGUCCCUGCACAGAAGACCCAUGUCCUGAGCUCCUGAUGCUUCCUGGUCUGGCCCUGGGCCACUCCCUGGGGCAGUGACCUCAGAGCUGGGGUUGCCCUCAGCAGACGGGUCACUCUCCGUAUCCCUGGCUCAGCUUGCUCCCUGCGUCUGCUCUGCCAGGCCUCCUUGGGGGCAGGUCUUGGGGCGAUGGUGGUGCUGAGCCCUCCGUGGCAUGGUCAGGUUGUGGCAGAAGCUCCAGGGGACAAGUAUCCAGACCCUGCUUGUUCCAGGGCAGCGAGCUCCGGGAGGGUCAUGGAAAGGAAUUUAUUUGCAGCAAACAUGAGUAUUUGCAGCAAAAAGAAACCUGGAGAGUGUCCGAGGAGAUUCUGUGUCUACGUUGGACAGGCUCAGGCCACCAGAGUCCAAGGGACCCCCAACGAGGCUUUUCAGGAGCUGCAUCCUGCCUUCUAGGCGUGGCUCUCAGUCUGCUCCAAGACGUGAGCCACCUUCGUGACAAACCUGGCCAACAAAGGCACACACAGCACAAGUACAGAAACGGCAUCUGUGCCUCCAGCCUCCAAGAAGGCCCUUGACGGCCCCCAGCUCUGCAGUCGCACCCAGGGGCCCUUCCCAGCCUUCCAGGGCAGGACAGCGGUGACGGCGCACAGCUCCCCAGAUUGGGUCCUGAAGACACCACACUUCCGUCCUGUGUUCACCCACUGGGACGGCUUGCUCCAGGAUUACCCAGGUCUCAACCAAUCAGAACACAGCUCUCUCUGAUGGCAGAAAUCAGCAAGCAGCCCCCGACUUUUGCACGAGCAAGUGUGGUGGAGAGAUGUUCCCUCUGGAGAGGCUGCAGCAACUUCACCACCUUGAAAGAAACCAGUGCCAGCACCAAGGCAAUUCCUAGGGAGGGCAGAGCUGAGAAAAGUGAAGAGAAACCCAUCUGGAGCUCUGAUCAAACUGUGCCUGAAGCCCAUACUUAGUUAUAGGAGGGUUGAUGGGAGACCAGGCCCAUUUUGGAAGGCACAAGGGCCAGAUCUGGACUUCACUCCAGCAGCCCGGCCCAGGUUCAGCCAACCAGAUGUGUUCUUCUGGCACUUUGACUCUCCAAGUAGUGAAAUAAAAGACUCAGCAACCACAGAGAAAUUCUUCAGAUCAACAGCAGCUGUGCUGAGAGUUUGGGGCCCUCUGGCAGAAAUCGCAAUGCUGGGACGACCCUCCAGCCAGACACCCUGGGGGCCCCUUGGCCAGGUGCCUGCUUCCCUGCCUUCCCUGGUUCCUGCCCGUCUUCCGUGGCUCUAGUGGGCAGCCUGACCUUGGCUCCAUGAAUGCCUUUUCUUGCUUUGCUUCCCAGUGGUGAGUUUCUGCUGCUUACUACUAAGAAUCUUGACUUAUGACAGGGACUGAAAUGGCUGUUGUGGGAAAUAAAUUAAAAUGAGAGCAAUGGGAAGCGAUAAAACAUCAUGCAAAUUGUGUGGGUUUGGAUGUAUUAUGCCCCCCAAAAUGCCAUGUUCUUUGAUGCAGUCUUGUGGGGGACAACAUAUUAGUAUUGAUUA